AUGCUAUUGUUAUUCUAUUCGCCUCCAUUGUUAACCAUCAAUGCGCUGCUCAAAAUAAAAGGGACACCCGUCGUAGAGCGUGGAGAGGCGAGCCGCUUUCGAAGCCCAUCAGAAGAGAGUUUAAUUCUCAGUAGACGCCCAAAUUAUUGCAGCCUCACCCCAGACAACGGUUAUAACUUGGACAAAAUUUCAAUUAAAAACUGGACUUCUUCGUCUUCUUCUUUUUCUUCUUCUUCUUCUUCUUCUUCUUCUUCUUCUUCUUUCUUCUUUCUUCUCCUUCUUCUUUUUCUUCCUUCCUUUCCUUUUUCUUCUCCCUUCUUCUUCCUUCCUCUUCAUCUCCUUUUCCUCCUUCUUUCUUUUUAUUCUUCCUUUUUUAUCUUCUUCUUUUCCUACUUCUUACUUCUUCUUUUUCUCCUUUUCCUUCUUCUUUUUUCUUCUUCCUUUUUCUUUAUCUUUUUCUUCUAUUUCUUCUACCCCCCCUUUUCUUCUUGUUCCUUUUUCUUCUACUUCUUUUUCUACUUCUCGCUUUCUCUUCUCCUUUCCCUUCUUCCUUUUUCUUUUUUUCUUCUUCUUCUUCUUCUUGGUUUUCUUCCUCUUUUUCUUUCUUCUUCAACCUGCGGCAUCCCUUCACGACAUUAG